ACUGUCAGGGCCUGGUGGGAGGGCUUCUUCAUAGCCCUCUCCAGGUGCAUGGAAUCGCUUCUGCUCCUUCCCCUUUAUGCCCAGAAGAAAAGAAUUACCGCCCACCUCCAUUCCCACUAGUGAGGAGUACACUGCCGUCCUUAAAGGUAAACGGCUGUCCUCCACCCCCCUGGAAAUCCUGUUCUUUCUGAACGGGUGGUAUUAUGCUACCUAUUUUCUGCUGGAACUCUUCAUAUUUCUGUACAAAGCCCUCCUGCUACCAUAUCCAACAGCCAACCUAGUACUCGAUGUGGUGAUGCUUCUCCUUUACCUUGGAAUUGAAGUAAUUCGACUGUUUUUUGGUACAAAGGGAAACCUCUGCCAGCGAAAGAUGCCACUUGGUAUUAGUGUGGCCUUGACCUUCCCAUCUGCCAUGAUGGCCUCCUAUUACCUGCUGCUGCAGACCUACGUGCUCCGCCUGGAAGCCAUCAUGAACAGCAUCUUGCUCUUCUUCUGUGGUUCAGAGCUGCUGCUUGAGGUGCUCACCCUGACGGCUUUCUCCAGGUCAUGGUCAGCUUCUUACCAGAGUGAGGCAGGAAUACUUGGAAGAAGCAUAGUCAAAAGACAGCAUUUUCCAGUGGUUUAUUUUAAAAUUUCAAAUUAACAUAAAAGGAAAUACACUUUUUUUUUUAAACUGGAGAAAUAUUGCCUUACAUGCGUAUAUCAUUCCUUUUUCCAAGUCUUUAAAAUUUUCUCAUCUAACUCAGUAGUGGCGUUUUUUUUUUUUUCUCUUUUCCCCCAAGAAGCCACCAGGAGCCAUGACAGAAUCCACUUUAGGAAACCUCAAGCCAUAUGGCCCCUCUGCUGUCAGAUGAAUCCUAGAAUAUCUGCUCUUGCUCAAAGUCAAAGUUAAUUGGUCUUUAAGCAUUUCUAUGCAGGCUUUUAAUUCUGCUUAUUUCCCAUGAUCGAGCUCCUUCUCAUCCUGUGAAGGUCUCCACUGUCCAGAAGCACUGAUGAUUUAUCUUGUUUCCUACCCCUUGUGUGUCCUUGCUUCCUGGCUGCUUUUGGAGUCUAUCCAAAAACUGUAGUAAACAGGCCUAAUCCACCAUGAAACAGGAACAAAAAAUCUUGGAACCUCCUUGAUAUUUCAGUCACAGACCCCCCCCAGCCCCCGGCCUGUUGCUUGCACUGCUGCUUUCUCUAGCUGUGCUUUGAAGAAGUUGUUGACAUCAAGCUAGACAGGAACUGGUUCUCCAGGGCCUCCCCAUUUCUUCUAAAGGUUCAGUGGUUAAGGUCGUUCUCCUGGCAACACAGAUAAACGAAUGAAAGGCUCAUUUGGAAGUUUAGAGGUGGCUUAUAAUUAAAAGGAACCUUAGAAAGGAAUCUAAACUCCCACUUUGGAGACUUAGAGAUGAGAAGGGAACAGCCAAGCAUCCCACAACCGGUUACUAGCAGUUGGAUCUAGAAAUCUUGUCUUAGCAGUCUGUCUAGAUCAAGUAAAUUCUCCUCCUCCACAGGUACCACUUGAGGAGGAUGAGUAGUUGGAAGUGGGGAUGGGAUUAGAGCAGGAAGUCCUCACUCAUCGGCUGGUUCUCUGCGAGCUUCUUGCACUGCUUCCUGGGGCGGGCUCCACGGAGCUUUAUACUUCCUGCAGCUUGCUGGAACCACACGUGCAGGUGUAGUCACACAACAACAGAAUGUCCUAACUGAAACUGAGGCAGCAGGGGGUGGGAAUGCGCAUAGCCAGUCUUUUGUAUUUUGUAUUUUGUAUUUGAAUGCCAAGGGGAAGUCACUGAGCCGCCCAUCUAGACCUGAAGGAUCAACAUUCUGGAACAGUGGAGAGGACCUGAGUGAAGGAGUAUGCCUUGGUCAC